AGGUGCGCCUAUCCAGCCGCUGGGCGCCGGAAGAGGAGGAACCUAAGAUGGCGGCGCCCGUGGGCGCCAGGAGGAGUCGCUCAUGUCCGGGAACGGAGCGGUGUGGGGGCGCGUGCGAGGCCGCCUCCGCGCCUUCCCCGAGCGCCUCGCGGUCUGUCGGGCCGAGGCCGCAGCCUAUGGAAGGUGCGUGCAGGCGUCCACGGCCCCAGGCGGACGUCUGACGAAGGACCUCUGUGCGCAGGAGUUCGAGGCCCUGCGGAACUGCUUCGCCUUCGCGGCCAAGAAGACCCCGAGGGGAGGCCUUUAGGAUGGACGAGCCAGCACCGUGCUUGUGUUUGCUGCCCACGGCCCCGAGGGGCAGACGUCUAGGACAUCUAAAGCUUUUCGAGCUAAAGGGACCCCCGUGCUCCUCGGGGCGCAUGGUGGGCAGCAGGGUGGGGUGGGGGGGUUCUGCCUUGUGUGUGUGAGGUUUCUGGUAAGAAGCAGCGAAGCAACAAUACAGACUAUAGCAGACCCCGCCGGGUCUCUGUCCUGUGGUUCGCAGAGUGUGUGGGCCGCGGGAGCACGCCCCUCACAGAAUUUUCA